AUGUCUUCCCCAGACCGAGUCCUACGGUUACCUAGAUCCGAUAAAACCGGGGCAUUUGUGCUCAUCCAUGUUUCACGGAACGGGUCUGCGCCUCUUGAUAUAACCCUGACAGCAACUGAAGGAGAACUGCCCUAUAUCAGCUUGGUGAAGCAGACACGUCUGAAAGAUCUUCGCGCAAAGAACUACCAAGGGUCAGAGGAUGACUGGGUCAAUACUUUAUCCUUGAUUCUGGGACAAUCCUCCCCUCCUUCGGAUGAGCCGGAUUGGGCGACUGGCCUUGAAACAACGGCUACUGUAUCAGAAUCUGAAGAGGACCAGGAAAUUGUGAUUACCAUAAGGAAGCGAGUGCAGACCAUAACGCAACGUCUCGGUACACUUGUAUUGAAACAAGACGACGAGCAAGCUGUUGAGCUUUUCGAUUGGACUGGGAUUGCUGCUGCUCGAGCUGACAUGCUAGAGCAACAAGUCUCCAGCUUAAGUUCUCGUUGUCACCUCGCUGAGGACACAAUACGCACGUUAAACGAACAGCUUGAAGACCUCACGCAAGCAAAAACCCACCACGAAACCCAACUGAUAGCCAACUUUGCCCAGCUUCUGAACGAGAAAAAGCUCAAAAUUCGCAAUCAGCAACGCCUUCUGGCAUCAGCGAUUCCAGAUCCAACCAAAGUCUCUGAAAUCCAAGCUACAAAACCAGAAGAAGAGCAUGGUGUCGUUGGACAACCCCACUCGAUAAAAAGAAGUGCUCGGAGUUUGAGCGAGUCAGAGGACUCCGAUGGGUUUGAACAGAUGCAUCUCGACACGGAAAGAGCCAAUAAAGACGCCAUCAAUGACCAUGAUGCGGACAACGAGCGCUCAACUCCUCGGCCACUAGAAGAGGAGAACAACAGCACAACAGAUGAUGAUCUGUCCCCAGAUAACUCUGCUCCUCUGAAACCAGUACUGCAAGCAAAGCACACGGCUCCCCCUCGGAGAGACUUGCCGUUUACCAGAAGAACCGGUGGAACAGCAGCGAAGACCUCAUCGACUGUGGUCCAUCAAGAUGCGGAAGAAACGACCGGGGAGACUGAUGACGACGAGCUGUGA